AUACCUUCCAGUAAUCACAGAUAAGUUUGUCAUCAAAAUUAAUAGGACGUUGGGUGACCAUGCAUGAUUUCUUCCCAAAUUUAUCUUGGGUCAUUAGAUUGUUAAGUUGGCAAUAAUUGGAAACGUCAUGAAGCGUCACAUGGUUGUUUUGGUUGCUAUAGCACGCACCGUUAAUAACAGCUGGUAGCUCCGGGUUAGGGGAGCAUAGGCAAUGCUCGUGUACACCGACGGUUGCUGUGUCACAUCUGACAGCACGACGCGGAAAUCCAAACGGUUUCAUCGCCCACACCAUCUACUGGCGAUGUACAAACCUUGCGGCACUGUUCAGCAGCAGUAGAUAGCAACGCAGACUGAUGAAUUCGCCAUGGCCGCUGUUUGUUCCCUCGUCGUUUGCGUCAUUGCUCACUAUGUGACGUCAGCUCGAUCGCAUUAGUAAUUCAUUAGACUGUCUCCCUGCCGUACAUACACACUGCGCACGGUACAUGUCGGGUCCGCUGCGGCAAAAGGCAACCUGUGUUGAUGAUGCGGUUGAUAAUGUUCGAACAACGUUGCUCAUUUCCAGAGACAAAAUAGGGGCUUUCAUGAGCGACAGAGGUUGAAAUACGGACUGAAGAUUCGGUUGGAUUCGUGGAUUUCGUGUAAGACUGUUCGAUGUCGGCGACGUAUACUGACAUUUGUAGGUGCACGUGACAUGUAGUAUGGUGGUAUGCUGCCUCUUACCACCCAGCUCUCGCCUUGUGCAUGUCUUGAAGUGCCUUCCUCGGGUACCCAUGGCCAAGAUGAUGAUGAUAGUCGAGAGACUCUGGCACAGGAGGGGUCACACACCACCGAUGGAUACUCGGAUCAAGGUCACGCGGACACCCAUCAGGUAGUCGAUAAAGCAUCAAACUGGUUGACCGAUGCCAAGGCCGUAGCUGAUGCUUCGGACCAGUGCGACCAUCAUGAGUCUUACCAGAGGGAUACGGGUACACGCGCAUCCGCGCCGGGUCUCGUCGAGCGAGAUCGUGACCUGUCAUAUUUCGAAAGGCUACCCGUCGAACUCACAACUAGGAUUUUCAGCUUUUUGCGCCCCAUCGAAGACGCUCUACCCCUGCUGGCCAGGGUCAGUCGGAGAUGGAGGAAAAUUCUCUUGGACACCCCGAAGCUGUGGAGGAAGAUUCACGUCAGGUCCGACGAUUAUUCGCCAUUGCACUACACUGUCUUAUCCAUCAUCUUUCGCGUGUACGGUCCCCACGUGCGCGAACUCACGUGGCAGACGGGGUCUCGCGUGUACGAGUCUCUUUUCUGUUUGAUUCCUAAACUCACCUCGUUGACUAUCCUCCGUUUGCCCAUCCUAUGGAACAAGUGGGUUGUGGACCAGCUAGCACCGCUGACCAGACUGGUGGAGCUACAAAUCAACGGCGGCUUCGGACUGACCGACCCAGACCUGCUCCGCAUCGCGGGUAACUUCCCCGGUCUGAGGCGGGUGGUCCUCGGCUCGUGCUGGGCCGUCACGGCCAAAGGAGUGGAGAGUUUCCUGGAGUCCCUGCCGCAGCUGGAGGAGUGUAAGCUGAAGAUUAACGAGGGCUUACCGCUGUGUGACAUGAGGAGUGACUUUGCCAUGCUCCAGGGUAGCAUGGUGGCACGGAGUGUCGGCAACGCCUCGCGGGCAAGCACCAUCACCGCCUUGAGCUUGAACUUCGUACCGGUAGAGAUGGAGGAGGUUUGGGGUGUGGUCAACUGCUUGCCUCGUCUCAAGAAGCUUUCUAUCAGCAACUGUGAGGGACUGCAGGGCAUCCGUUUACACUCCUCCUCGCUACAAAAGAUCUACCUUCUCAACCUGUGGUCUGUUCACUUUGUCAGCAUAAACGCACCUCUGCUCCGGUUUCUUCGCGUGGACAGCGGUCUUGAAUCCAACGAACACCUGGAGGUGUUCGCCGGCAAGCUACGAACCCUACAGGUGGAUGGCAGUGGUGUCCUGCGGACGUUGACCGUCCGUGGCGGUAGGCUGACUACCGCUGAGAUCCGUCGAUGUCCGGUGUUGGAUCCAAGGAGUUUCCGGAGUUUCUUUCUGGAGAAUCCAUUCCUGACAGAUCUGCUUCUUGGGUGCGUGUGUGGUGACGAGCUGGUCUUGGAUCACAUUGGCUGCCCGAGUCUAGAGAGGCUCAUCAUCCAGGCUGACUUCGCCUGUGGCGGCAUGCUCCUGAGAUGUCCCAACCUAAGAGUCCUACAAACGGCAGAGGAGAUUGAACUUCCCGCCCUGCGACAAGUCAUCGUCGUGGCUGAGCACCUACUCAAAGUGUCGUUGGUGGGACUUCCCGGGCUGACUAACGUCAUGGUGCAGUGUGACAGCCUAGAACUGAUUGAAGCCAACAUGUGCAGCGAUGACGCUCUGUGUCUACGCUCCUUCGUUGUCCACGCUAGCCGACACAUCGGGUUUAUGCGACUCUUUGACUGUUCCAUAGGAGCACUGAUGCUGAGCACACCGUGCGCAUAUACGGUAGUCCUCUACCGGUGCCAGAUCUCCGAUUACUCCCUCAAAAUGGCUUUGAGUGGCUGCCCCAACAUCGUCCACUUGAGCGUGGAAAAGUGCGACACUCUGACGAGCGUGGGCAUUCCAGCUCAUGCCUCCUCUCUCAAAUACCUGAACCUGUUCGGUUGUAAGAGUCUAGCCAGAGUGACCAUAGACUGUCAAGGAGUGGCGGCCGUGAAUUUAGGACAAUGUAUCAAAACCCGGCUCUUCGUUCGAGGGCUGGAGUACGAUCUAGGCAUGCAUCCAGUCACCAAGUAUCCCAAGAUCGUCUUGCCUCAUCAGUCGCUGAGGUGGAGCCACGACCGGGUGCCACAGCUUUUCACCCUUGCGAUGUGAGACUCAACAGUAUAGCGCUUGGAGAGAAGUCAAUACAUCGCAGAACUGUGCAAAAAUACCUGUUCUGUGCCCGAAUCAAAUGGAUGUAUCAAGCAUAUAUAUUUUGGCAUGUACUAACUUGCAUUAGUAUAACCUCACCAGAAGAAAAUUUUGUCGCUGUUUAAGUUUCGCUUUUUCCUACUAAUCUAUCCAGAGGCGCUGGUGAUUGCAAAUCCGUUUCGGGGUGCAACCCAGUAAAAAGGCUAAACAUGCAUCUGCCGAGCUCAUGAAUAAAAGUUAUACAUUCAAAUUAUGCUA